ACCAAAACCAACGAUACAAAAGCAAAAGCGCAAGGAGCGCAAGCGAAAGGGAAAUGCCAUCCCUCCUCGCAACAGGAAUAAUCCUGCUGCUCCUCGCCAUCCCAGCCUGGGCCAUACUCACCCAAACCACCUCCAACCCCAGCAGCACCAUCCAACGCCUCCUCCGGAAACCGGGGAUUCUCGCCGCAAACACCCCCCAAGUCCGGGAUACGAGCGAAGUCGUCGCGCUGCACGUAUACCCGAUCAAGUCAUGUCGCGGGCUCGCGCUCCCCAGGACAAAGCUAUGCAAGUCUGGUCUCGAGCUAGACCGGCGCUGGAUGGUGGUUGACGCAGAGACGCAUGUGUUCCUGACGAUCCGCCAGAUUGCGGAAAUGACGCUGAUUACGACGGCGCUCAGCGAGGACGGGGAGUGGUUGGUUAUUUCUGUUCCUUCUUCUUCUGCGACUGCGACUGCGAGUGCGACUGCUCCCGCCACAGUGAAAAAAGAAAUCACCAUCCCAGCCCACCCAUCACCCACCUGGCUCGAAAACAACACCACGCUCUCCUCCCGGAUCAAAAUCUGGGACACCGUUACGGACGGGUACGUGUACGGCGCGGAAGUCAACUCGGUCCUCUCUGCGUUUCUCGCCCGGGACGUCGCCCUCGUGUACAAGGGUCCCGCGCCGCGCAUCCUCCAGGGCAACGGGGCGCCGCGGGUCCUGGGGCGGACGCAGAGCACGAAUUUCCCGGAUGUGCAUCCGGUGCUGAUUGCGUCGGAGGCGUCGGUUGGGGAGCUGAACGCGCGGCUUGCGGCGCAGGGCGAGGAGCCGGUUGGUAUUGAGCGGUUUCGGGCGAAUAUUGUUGUAAGGGGGGGCAGGCCUUGGGCGGAGGAUUCGUGGAAGCUUGUGCGGAUUAGUAGUAGCAGCAGUAGCAGCAGUAGCAGCAGUCAGGAAUCGGAUAUGGGAAGUGAAAGGAAAGAAAGGAAAGAGUUGAUGCUGGAUAUUGUGGCUAGGUGUGCGCGGUGUCAGGUUCCCAAUGUGCAUCCGGACACGGCGCAGAAGCAUAGAACGCAGCCGUGGGAUACGCUGAUGAAGUAUCGGCGGGUGGACGAGGGGAUGAAGUAUAAGCCUUGUUUUGGGAUGUUGAGUGCGCCGCGCAACGAGGGGGAGAUUCGUGUGGGGAUGAAGUUUGAGGUGUUGGAGGAGACGAAUCAACAUCGGUAUAUUAAAGGGUUUUAAGAAACAAGAAUAUAUAUAUAUAUAUAUAUAUAUUGGACUAUCUGCGCAGGCACGUCUUGAACUGUUGGCUCUGAUAUAGAUAGAGGUGGAUGAAUGGUGGACAAGCUAUCUAAGAUGGGGUCACUACUAGGUAUACACACUCUCCAACUAAGAAUCAAUCAAGUAAUAGAUGCCGCUUGAUAUAUACUCUCCGUAGUAUGUUGAAUAACACCCAAAAUACCCGUCUGUACCUAAAAUCGAUCGCAUAAACGCCUUGCCUACUUGCCAGGGCCAUCAUGCAGUGAUGCUGAAAUCGCUUGAAAAAGAACCCAGAGCCCAACUGGAUGAGCUCCCCAAACCUAAUAUAUCUUCUCGUCC